AUGCUCCGAACAAUUUUUGGAAAGAAAGACCCGGAAGACGCGCAAACCGAGUCGACCACAAUGGCCUCUUCCAUCACCAUCUCUGAUUUCAAGGACGCGUUGAGCAGGUAUCCGGUGGUGCUCAAGGCACGAAAUGCAAACGCUAGACCAGAUGCAAUUCCCAUCGAGGAGCUCGACAGGUACCGCUAUGUCGAAGCCCCGGCUCGGUUUUCCAAGAAUACUGGCGCAACCAUGAAAUUGGAAGACGUUCAGAAGCUUCUCCAGUGGAAGCUACGUCAUGGUACCUUCCGACCCUCUCUUACUCAGCAAGUUGCUUCCAACUCCGAUGAGAAGGUAGAGGAAGCUACCAAAGAUGCAUUUUCCCACUAUGCUAGCAAUCCCGACGACAUCAAGAGUGUCAUUGAGAAAUUGAACGCGCCUCUCAAGGGAAUCGGUCCUGCUACGGCAUCUUUGCUCCUUGCAGUCCAUGAUCCCGACAAUGUGGUUUUCUUCAGCGACGAGCUCUAUAGGUGGCUUGUUGCUGAUGGCAAGAGCGUUCAACCAAAGUAUAAAAUUGCCGAAUUCGAGGAGCUCUUCUCUAAGGCCAAAGCUCUGAAAACCAGGCUCAAUGUCAGCCCCAUUGACAUUGAGAAGGCCGCCUUUGUCCUCAUCAAGGAGAAUGAACCUGUUGCAGAAAAGAAGGUACCUAGCGGUAGGGGAAGGGGCCGACCAAAGCUGCCUGAGGAUCAAAAGAAGCCGAAGAAGGAGGUCGUUCCUGGCCGUGGCCGUGGCAGACCUCCUAAGGACGGUGUGGCCGCAAAGCCUAAAGUUGUUACUUCUGGAGGCAAGAGGGGACGACCUGCUAAAGCUGCCAAGACUGAGGAGGUGGACGCCGAAGAGGGAGCCAGGACUCCUGCUUCAGAUAAGAAGCGUAAGGCGAAUGAUGAUGGAAAUGAUAGCACUCCCAAGAAGCGCGGAAGGAAGCCGAAGGCUUGA